AUAUACAUGCUUGCGAGUUCCCGACUGUACCAAGAUCAGCACGCCGACGGUGAUACUAACACGGUACUACAGUAUAUUAUGUACAUGAUGUGUAGCGCACUGAAGAGGAGAUUCUUGCUACUUUAUGGAACCCAGCGUGGACAGUCAAAAGCUAUUGCUGAAGAAAUAGGCCAACAAGCAGAGCAGUAUGGAUUUGUUGCUGAUGUGUUUUCCCUGGAAGAUAUCAACAAAUUCAACUUGGAGAAUGAAAAAGAUCCUGUGGUUGUUGUAAUUUCUACUACUGGAACUGGAGAUCCUCCAGAUGCUGCUUUAAAGUUUGUGAAGAAAAUUCAGAACAAAGCGCUAACUGAUGACUCUUUUGCACAUCUGCGAUAUGGAUUGCUAGCACUUGGUGACUCUGAAUACACCUACUUUUGUAAUGGUGGAAAAAUUGUUGACCGAAGACUUCAGGAGCUGGGUGCCACACAUUUUUAUGAAACUGGAUAUGCUGAUGACUGUAUAGGUUUGGAGCUGGUUGUAGAUCCAUGGAUUGAAGACCUUUGGAUUGCCUUAGAAAAAGAAUUUUUAUCUAGGGCAGAAAAUAAAAAGAUGAUUGGGAAAAUCAACGAUGUGACCAGUGGAAACCAUAAUAUUCCAAAAGUACCAGGAAAUUUGGACAUGCGUUUACAAGCUAUUAGCCUUGAGAGUGAACUGCCAUCAGAUAGAAGAUCCCUAAAUAAAGCUGUGUCAGAUGCAUUCAAAGAAUUUGAGCAUUCACUUGUCCAUUCAGUGCCUCCUCUGUCUCAGUGUAGCCUUAAUAUUCCUGCACUUCGUCCUGUGUACCUGGAUGUACUUAUUCUUGACUGCAAAGCCAAGGAAAUGGAUUCAAGUUUUCUGCAUCCUGAAGUUGAGAUUUUCACAGUUCCCAUCAAACAAGCUAAGAGGCUCACUGCAAAAGAUUCUGUGAAAACUACUUUAAUGCUGGAGCUUGACAUUUCAAACACUACAAUAGACUUCCAGCCUGGGGAUUCCUUUGGCAUAAUUUGUCCAAAUCCUCCUGGUGAAGUGACAGAUCUUGUUAACAAGCUUGGAUUGUCUGAUAAGAAAGAUUGUCAGGUCUUCCUGACAGUUAAAUCCGAAAUAAAAGGAAGAGGUGUGGUCAUACCUGAUUAUAUUCCAGAAAGAUGUUCUUUGCAAUACCUGCUGACAUGGUGUCUUGAAAUAUGUGCAUUGCCGAAGAAGGCCUUCUUGCGUGCAUUGGCGGAGUAUACAUCUGAUGUUGCAGAGAAGCGGAGAUUGCUGGAGCUCUGCAGCAAACAGGGCAAUUCUGAUUAUAACGGUUUUAUUAGAGCGCAUGCAAUCAGCGUGGUGGACCUUCUUAAUGCAUUCCCAAGCUGCCAGCCUCCAUUAGGCCUAUUAAUAGAGCAUCUUCCAAAAUUACAACCAAGAUCGUACUCUGCUGCAAGCUCUAGUUUAUUUCAUCCUGGAAAAUUAUGCUUUGUUUUUAAUAUCGUGAACUUUGAACCUUGCAUGGGACGAACAUUGCCUAGGAAAGGCGUGUGUACUGGCUAUCUUGCCGAACUUGUGAGGAGAAAUGCUGAAGAAUCUAAAGCAAUCGCUGUCACUGGCAAUAUAAACCUGUUCACCGCAGAACCCAAGACAUCAAUAUUUAUCCGACCAUCUACCUUAUUCCAUUUACCACUGGAUUUAUCUGUCCCUAUUAUAAUGGUGGGCCCAGGAACAGGAAUUGCGCCUUUUAUUGGUUUUUUACAGCACAGAGAAAUACAACGUCAACAGAAGAAGGAAUGUAUAUUUGGAGAUACAUGGUUAUUUUACGGUUGCCGCAGCCAUGAUAAGGACUAUUUAUUUAGGGAUGAACUAAGAAGUUUUGUUGAAAAUGGUACAUUAACCCAUUUAAAGGUCUGCUUCUCAAGAGAGGCAUCCUGUGCCACUGAUGAUUAUAUGCCGAAAUAUGUCCAGGAAUACCUUCAGGUUUUCUCUCAAGAUAUUGUCCAAAUAUUGACCAAAGAGAAUGGAUGCUUUUAUGUCUGUGGAGAUGCCAAAAAUAUGGCAAAGGAUGUUAAUAAUUCUUUAGCUGAUAUUUUAUGUGCUGAGCUAUGUGUGGACAAGCUUGAUGCGAUGAAGAUACUUGCCUCACUAAAAGAUGAAAAGAGAUAUUUACAAGAAAUUUGGGGUUGAUACAUUUAAUACACUGUAUCAUUCAUCACCUUAAUAUGCUGCAACAUGUUUUGGAGUCCAUUACAAUUACCACGAAAACAAAUUAUCAGAUUUAUUGUAAUUUUUUAGAUUUAUAAAGCAAUAGUAGAACAAACCAUGAUAUGGUUCUUCAAGAUGGACAUCAUGGUUUGUUUAUAGUCAUUAAGGGGAUUUUCUAACGAUUAAAGGGAAUCUGUCACCUGCACUAUGCCUCCCUCACCGAGGUCAGUAUAAUGUAGUGACAGACCAGCUGAUUUCAGUGGUCUGUCACUUCUGGGAUGGAAGUCUGUACUUUGAGUACUGACAUGCUGAACCCCUCAGCGUGUGCCAGCACUGCAAGGGAGAUUAAUCCUAUAAAGCUCACUGCCCCCAAUAUCUUAGACUCCCCUCCCUCACAGCGCUGGCACCCACUGCGGUGUUGGGAAUGUCAAUACUCUAGUACUCUACAGUACAGACUGCUAUCCCAGAAGUGACAGACUGCUGAAAUCAGCACAUCUGUCACAACACUAUGCAGCCCACAGUUACAGGUUUCCUUUAAAUAUUACUUUUACGAUUAGACCACACAACAUAUAACAAUUUAUUAAAAUUAUUCAUUUUUUUUCUUUUGACUCCCUCUCAGCAGUUCUACCUGAUAUGUUUAGUGUAAGUGGUCAAACAGGCCGAGUAUCUCAAUCCCACCAUUUGGAUAAUCUUGUACUUUGGUGGCAUAAUGAUUCCUGCCAGCCAGUAACAUUCGCGAACAAGCAAUUCUUCUCACCAAAACUCUAUGCUUUAGAUGGACUUUCUGAGAGGGAAUAAAAAAAAAUUACAUCAGGGAGUGCUCAUAUAGGAAUCUAACAGCAAUAUCUUGACACAGGAGCAUUUUUCAAACCUUAUUUGAUUUCAAAAUUCUGUUUGAUCAAGGACAACACCUUUAACAAUAGCGAUUUUAUAGCCUGUUAAAUUGUGCAGUAGUUAGACAUAACUUUGAUCUGUGUGCAUUUUCAAUGUGAUUCUGUUUUCUGUGCAUAAAACUCAUUUUGAAUUUGAA